UGUAAGAAAAUGCAUAUCCCUUCCUUAUAUGAUUAAGCUAUGAACAUUUCCGUUCCGAAUGUGUACUUAAAUGUAUAUUGUUACGACGUUGGUCAUGAGGAUUUGGUUUAAACGGAUGUGAACAGUAUGUGCUGAGAAUUUGCUUUAUUAAAAUAUCUAUUUUAUGAUUUAAUUCGUACAUUCCAAGAAUGUGACUUUAUAGUAUACCUUUUCAUGUUUACGGGGCAUGCAUAUGCGAAUUCCUUGCAAUGGCUCCCAAACGCAAGAGCAUUCCCCCUGAAGGCCUGCAAGCCUACAUAGAAGCUGAAGAAAUCCGGUCAUUGGAAUAAACCAAGUUAACAUAGUGUGUGUGGCUUAAGAGUAAAAGUUAGGGCCUGCCAGUAUCAUCAUGUUGAAAUGGAAGUUUUUUAUAGUGUUGAAGUUUGUCGCUAUUGUAAGAAUGGCGAGCGCUAAAAACUGUAGCACUAACAAACCACCCAAGGUGUUGAUUGCUGAGCCAAGCACUCCAAGAAGCGGGAUUAGCUAUCUGAAAGAACACGGUUGUCAAGUUAUCGAGUUGGAGAAAGCAACUGAGGAUGAAGUUCUGAAGCAUAUUGCUGAAGUCGAUGCGCUGCUUUUGGCUCCACCGCUGAAAUUAACAAACAAAAUUCUCGAUGCUGCAGGUAGGUAUGCUUACGAUAACUGUGAUCGUGGACAUAUAUUUUCUCAUCUACUCAUAAGUUCUUCGGGGAGUUGUGAUAGAGAAAACAAAAACUGUCUUUGUCAAGCUGCCAACGUUUCGACAUUUAUUUUAUGCCUUCCACAGAGUAAGGCUAGUUCUGACCAAUACAGGCAUAAGUUGAUUUUUUUAUCCCAACAAUCCGAAGAACUCAUAAGUAAGUUCAUAACAGAUACUUAUUUACUUUAUGCCUAUUUUAACGUCUGCAUGAUAACAUCAUGGGCCGCGUACCUCCCGGCCAGACCCGACGAGAGGGGGGGUUAACGGGGACUUUUCCUCCCGGGUCUCGAGUUCUGAGUGGGGCUCACUCCUCACAACAGACAUUUCAGAUCUUCUUGGAUAAACGAUACGAGAAAAAAAUUAUUUUCCGAAAUGCUAAGGGUUAAAUGUAACUCAGAAAUUAGCCAAUGAAACGAAAAUCUCAUUACAAAUGGAAUCUUAUCAAAUUUUCAGUGAAAUUGCAAUCAAUUUUGGGAUGAUACAAGAAAAAAUUCGAUUCAAUAAAUUUGGUGAUGGAAUUCAAAGGAAUGAUGACCUGAGAAAUCACUCGAAUAAGUGUAAUCCCCCCCUCUUCAAUUUUCCCCAACAACAAAGCAGGACCCAAGCUUAGUUCCUUUGCGGCACAAAUUAAGCUCUUUUAAUUAAAGUUAACUACGUUGAUGUAUAACAAUUAAAUCAAAUGGACAAAUGAAUUCAAUGGAUCAAGUAAGUCAAAUAGGUCGAUACAAUUGAUCGCGGUUAUUGAGAAUAUUCAUAUCAGUCGCAAUCGUGAGAGCAAAUUUAAUCUAUGUAUAUGUGAAGUAUGACUAAUAGGCGUGUAGAAUUAAAAGGGAUAGAAUCAUAUAAAUAUGCUUUGCCAAAAAAAUGAGACAUACCCUCCUCCAUCUUCUGCGAACGACUCAAUGUUCAAAAACAAGAGACUGACAGGCAGGCCGACGGAGUCGCAUGUAACAUCGAAAAAAUCUAAUAUCUCAUGUUCGAAAUUUUCCACAAUCACAAUACUUUCUCGCUAGUUGAUGUGAAAAGUGUUGUAAAAAGAAGACUUGAUUUUGUUACAAUGAAAUGCUUCUGUCUAGAUUAGAUUUAUCAUUUUAAUUCCACUGAGGCUCGUCCUGACUGGAACCUAAGUGGAUCGUCACUGGUAAUGAACUCAUCGGUUGGAAAAAUAUUCAAAACUCUUGUAUGGAAUAGCUCCCCAAACGUGUCUAUAUUUUGUGAGAUCUCCAGAUGUUCAAUACAGAAACAAGAAUACCCAUAGAUUUUAGGUCAACGCCAACAUUUUUGGGUCAAUACCUAUUACAUUAUUUUGAUUGUUGCGUGCGAAUAAUUUUCAAUUGUAGGAUGUAACAUGAAAACAGUAGCGACCGUAUCAGCUGGCUAUAAUCAUAUUGAUAUCGAUGAAUUAAGGAAACGUGGGAUAAAACUUGGAAACACACCAAGGGUUUUAGACGCAGCUGUUGCCGACCACGCUGUUAUGUUAGCCUUAGCAGCGGCUAGAAGACUACACGAAGGAAGAUUGAAAAUUGAAAACAACGAAUGGAAGUCAGAUUACCAAUGGAUGCUAGGGCAAGACAUCUGCAACUCCACAGUUGGUAUUAUUGGUUUGGGAAACAUUGGACAAGCGAUUGCAAAACGAAUGAAAGGAUUCGAUAUAAAGCAGAUUCUGUAUACUGGUCACAGAGAAAAACCAGAGGGUAAAGAGCUGGGCGCAAAAUUUGUCUCCUUGGACACCUUAGCACGCGACAGUGACUUCGUGAUUAUCAGCGUACCUCUAACAAAAGAAACGGAAGGAAUGUGCAACGAGGAAUUCUUUUCAAAAAUGAAGAAAACGUCAGUUUUUGUGAAUAUCAGUAGAGGCCAGGUUGUUGAUCAACCUGCUUUAAUAAAAGCUCUGAAGACCAACAGUAUCUUUGCUGCUGGUUUGGAUGUAAUGACGCCUGAACCGCUUCCUCCAGACCAUGAGAUGCUCAAGCUGCCCAACCUCGAUACCAUGGUUAGUUGGGAAUCAGUCGUUCUUAAUAGGUCUCCUAAAGUACUAGUCAUUGAUCCUUCUACUCCAAAACAUGGAAUCCGGCUCCUCCAACAAAAAGGGUGUGAUGUGAUACAACUAGAGAAGAAAUGUGAGGAAGAAGUGUUAAAACAUAUUGCAGGUGUGGACGCCUUAUUAUGGGCUCCACCAAUAAUUUUGAACAAAAAAAUGCUUGAUGCUGCAGGACCUAAUAUGAAGACCGUUGCUACAUUAUCGGUUGGAUACAAUCAUAUUGAUAUUGAUGAGCUCAAGAAACGCGGAGUAAAAUUAGCGAAUACCUCAGGCACGACAGCUGCGGUAGUUGACAUUGCCAUACUACUAGCUUUGAGUGCUGCAAGAAGACUACACGAUGGAAGAUUAAAAAUCGAAAGAGGAGAGUGGGACCCGCACAAUCUUCAGUUUCUAUUCGGGCAAGAUCUAGGCAACUCUACUGUUGGUAUCAUAGGUUUCGGUGGCAUUGGACAAGGAGUUGCCAGAAGACUGAAAGGAUUUGAAGUGAGACAGAUCCUGUAUGCUGGUCCUAAGGAGAAAAAAGAAGGUAAAGACUUGGGAGCAAAGUUUGUACCUUUGGAUAUCUUGCUGAAAGAAAGCGACUUUGUGAUAGUAUGUGUUCCUCUAACUAAAGAAACUCAAUCCAUGUGCAAUAAGGAGUUUUUCAGUAAAAUGAAAAAGACUGCAGUAUUUGUUAAUGUUGGUAGAGGUGCAGUGGUCGAUCAACCAGCGCUGAUAACAGCUUUGAAGAAAGGUGACAUUUUUGCUGCAGGUCUGGAUGUAGUAACUCCCGAACCUUUACCUGCUGACCAUGAGCUACUACAGUUACCUAACGUAGUGAUUACACCUCAUCUUGGUUCUUCUACCAUUAACACAAGAAAAGAGAUAUCAGAGCUGGCUGCAAAAAAUAUCCUACAAGGGUUAGCUGGUGAAGAUAUGAUUACUAGAAUAGUGUAGCCUGUAGAACUACCACUAUUUAAGUAUUUUGUCAGUACUUUCUAAACUGUACCUAAUAAAAUGUGAUCUGCACUCAAACUUUA